AUGGCUAGCCCACAGGUUCUCGUGUUCGAUGCUGAGGGCCGCCCUGUGAAGUUUGACACCUGGCUCGAUGACCUGCACCUCUACCUACAGCUCACAGCCAAGGAUGACAUCUCACUGUACGAUCACGCCCUAGGCCUUGUCACUGCCCCUGCUGCUACUGCUGACAGCACUGCUCGCUCACAGUGGCAGACUCGUGAUGCCCACGCUCGCUUCGCCAUUCGCAACUCCCUGCCGAUAGACGAACGCGAGCACUUUGGUCAGCACAAGACUGCACCGGCACUGUACACAGCUGUAGUUGCUCGCUACUCCUCACCUGCCUCUGCCGCACUAGGCCGUCUCUCCCUCCCCUACCUGUUUCCCAACCUGGCCUCCUUUCACACAGUCGCUGACCUCAUCACGCACCUCCGUACUAGUGAGGCCCGCUUCCGUGCCGCCAUGCCUGCUGAGUUCCUUGCCACGCACCCCCCUCCACUCUGGCUCACUCUCUAUCACCUAGUCACCCGCCUCCCUGACACACUGCGUGCUGUCAGGGACCACUUCCUAGCUCGUUGCCCCACUGAGCUCACCAUUGCCCUCCUCGAGAAGGAGCUACUUGCAGCUGAGGCUAGCAUAGUCGCUGUAGGUGCCUCUCGUGGCGACCCCCGUACCCCGUUCUUUGAGGGGUGUUCUCCUUCCCCCCUUCUUCCCUCUGUCGCCUCUGCUGCUGCUGUCGACCUUCUUGGUACUGAGAAGGUCGGCACUGCGUCUGCCUCGAGCGGACGCCGCAGCGGCAAGGGCAAAGGGGGCAAGGGUAGUGGCGGUGACGGCGGGGGAGGCGGCGGUGGGGGCGGUGGAGGCAGUGGGGGUGGUGGCUCGGCUGGAGGGGCGAGUGGUAGCGGUGGGGGUGGUGGCGGCAGCGGCGGGGGAGGUGGCAGGAGUGGAGGCGGCGGUUGGGGUGGCGGUGGACGAGGCGGCGGCAGGGGUUGGGGUGGUCGAGGAGGUGGCAGCGGUGGUGGUGGCCGUGGAGGCGCUGGCGGUGGCCAGGGCCAGCAGCACACUCUCUCGCCCCAGGAGGUCCGUGAGUGGUACUCUCAGCACGGGGGUGGGGGUGGUCUUAGCUGCACGUACGUCAUUCGCACUGGUGACCGCACUGGUCAGCAGUGUGGACGACCGCACGCCACACAGCGCUGCUUCUCUCGUCUCGACGACGCUUGGCGUGUUCAGUUCCCUCAGGCCACUGAGCUGCCCCGCUGGCUUGAUCUCCUGAAGAAGGGGAUUGAUAUCUAUGCUCUAGACUUUGAUGCUAUUCUAUCUGCCAUGUAUGUGAUGUCUACUAGUGGAGAGGGUGCUGAGUACUUGUGUGUGCCGCCCGACCCGGGCAUUAGGGCCAGUGCGUCUGCCGCUCCAGGUACUCACGUGUCGGCUACCCCAGGUGCUGGUGAGGCUGCUGCUCUAGGUGCUCGUGUGUCUCCCCCCCUUGCCGCUUGCUCGACCAGUUGCUGUCUCCCUUGCUGA